UAGACACAUAACACAGAACAGUAUGAAUGACAAGGACGAAGCGAAGGAAUCAGUGUCCUGGCUUACGGUUCCGUUCAUCCCGCGCCACACAGAAAAGUUCAAUCGGUUCAACAAUAACGACAUCAGGGUUUCUUUCCGUAGUCCGAACAAACUCAAAAAAUACAUUAAGGUACACAAAGAUGUUCAUCCACACACAUCAAAGAACAACGUAGUGUACAAAAUCUCUUGCAAUGAUUGUGACGCUACGUACGUGGGACAGACAGGCAGAAAACUAAAGACAAGGAUUGCAGAACAUCGCAAUCAUAUUAAAUACAACACGUCGGCACGAUCGGUAAUAACGGAACAUAGAAGACAACUCGACCACGAAUUUAAAUGGGAGGAGGUCGAAAUCUUAGAUGAAGAGCCCAGCUAUCGGAGACGUUUAGUUUCAGAGAUGAUUAAUAUCAGGAAACAAAAGAAUGGUAUCAAUUUGCAGACAGAUACCGAAGGCCUCCACAAAGCGUACAUUCCAAUCAUAAAUAGAGUUUGACUUUCGGUUACGGACAGCCCGUCUCCUCUCUCAGUCUGUGUUGAUCCUCACUACUGAACGUACAUGAUAAUCGAUACAUUAUGUCUGUUUUACAUAUCUGCGUUCCUUCUCUCUGUACACGUUUCGAAAGUUUUUUGGUUCUUUUUGGACAGAUUAAUUCAAACUUCUUACACAUGAUUUCUGAACUUCAACAAUGACAAUUUUAAUACU